GAUGUGUAGAGCGUGAAGCGAGUCUCAGGAUCAUAAUUAGUCUCUGAUCACCGUAUUGUCUCUUUAAGAGAAGCGGGUGUGUCAGUAGUAACUAUGGAAACUUCAAGCUGAGAAUAAAAGCAAAUCUGUUCUCAAGCAGUCUACAGGAGCCUGAUAGGAAUGCGGAGAGGAGGGAGAUGAGGAUUUUGGAUGCAGAAGUUCAGGUGGGAGGGAGGGGGUGGCUGCAACUCCCAAAGAAGAUUUCUUUCUGAUCAUUGGGACAGGUGUGGAGUGGUCAUCCUCCCUUUGCUCUACACCUGCUGCUGAUAGAAGAUGGACAUCAGCCCAAGCUCCGAGAGUGUCAGCAGUGAGAACUAGAGAAAUGCCAGCCAUGAGAGGGCUGCUUGCUCCUCAGAAUACUUUCUUAGAUACCAUAGCGACCAGAUUCGAUGGAACGCACAGCAACUUUGUUCUUGGAAAUGCUCAGCUGCCUCAUUCCUACCCUGUCGUGUAUUGCUCAGAUGGCUUCUGUGAACUCACUGGCUUCGCUCGAGCAGAGGUUAUGCAAAGGUCAUGUGCUUGUACCUUUCUGUAUGGCACAGACACUGGGGAGCAAAUUCAGCAUUGUAUCCAGAAAGCCUUGAAUGAUAAACAAGAGCUAAAGACUGAGCUGCUGCUAUACAAGAAAAGUGGUUCGCAGUUCUGGUGCUUGCUGGAUGUUGUACCCAUCAAAAAUGAAAAAGGGGAGGUGGUUCUAUUUCUUGUUUCAUUUAAGGACAUCACAGAUGCCAAGACCAGAAUGCCAGAGAGCUGGAAAGAGACAGGAAGGGGAGAGCAGCAGACUCGUUUAACAGGGAAAGGUUUCAAUGCCAAUCGUAGGCGAAGUCGUGCUGUGCUUUACCAUCUCUCAGGUCAUCUACAGAGACAAAAUAGAGCCAAAGCAAAACUUGGUAAGGGUGUCUUUGGUGAGAAGCCUCGGGUUCCAGAAUAUAAAGUUGUAUCUAUGCGUAAAUCUCCUUUCAUACUUUUGCACUAUGGGCCCUUCAAGGCCUGCUGGGACUGUUUGAUCCUUCUCGCCACCUUCUAUGUAGCAGUGACCGUGCCAUACAGUGUCUGCUUCAGUAGUGCGAAAGAAGAAGGUACUCAGAGUCCACGCAGCCCACCCAGCGCAUGUGAUCUUGCUGUGGAAAUCCUCUUCAUACUAGAUAUCAUUCUGAAUUUCCGCACCACAUUUGUCAGCCAGUCUGGGCAAGUGGUAUUCUCCUCACGUCUUAUCUUUAUCCAUUACACCAGGACAUGGUUCCUGCUGGAUCUUCUAGCUGCUCUUCCUGUGGAUCUGCUCUAUAGCUUUAAAGUCAACAUAUAUUUUGGGGCUCACCUCUUGAAGACUGUUCGCCUACUUCGACUUCUACGCCUUCUCCCACGAUUGGAUCGAUAUUCCCAGUACAGUGCAGUUGUUCUUAGCCUCCUCAUGGUUGUCUUUGCUCUUCUAGCACACUGGGUGGCUUGCAUCUGGUAUUUCAUUGGUCAGCAAGAAAUUGCAAGCAACCAGUCGGAAGUGCCAGAGAUUGGUUGGCUUCAAGAGCUGGCCCGGCGUUUGGAAACCCCUUACUACAUGGGGAAAAGAAAUAUCAGCAGGCACUUGUCGCUUCCAAACAAUGACAGUGAAGACACUUUAAAUGAGACUGCUCUUGUGUUACUAGGAGGACCAUCUCCCAGGAGUUCAUACAUCACAUCCUUGUACUUCGCACUCAGCAGUCUAACCAGUGUUGGAUUUGGGAAUGUUUCUGCUAAUACAGACACUGAGAAGAUCUUCUCCAUCUGUAUCAUGUUGAUUGGAGCCCUGAUGCACGCUCUGGUGUUUGGAAAUGUAACGGCUAUCAUCCAGCGCUUGUAUGCAAGGCGCUUUUUGUAUCACAGCCGUACUCGGGAUCUUCGAGAUUAUAUCCGUAUCCAUGGCAUCCCCAAGCCUCUAAAACAGCGCAUGUUAGAAUAUGUUCAGACCACGUGGGCAAUAAACAAUGGCAUUGACACUAAUGAGCUCCUGCACAGUCUUCCAGAUGAAUUACGAGCUGACAUUGCCAUGCACCUCAAUAAGGAUCUAUUGCAAAUGCCACUCUUUGCCCUUGCCAGCCGUGGAUGCCUGCGUUCUCUGUCAUUGAACAUUAAACCCUCCUUCUGCACGCCUGGAGAGUAUUUGAUCCGACAGGGAGAUGCUCUGGAAUCUUUAUACUGUGUGUGCUCAGGAUCCAUGGAAGUACUCAAGGAUGGUGUUGUCCUAGCAAUAUUAGGUAAAGGUGACCUGAUUGGCUGUGAGGUCUCUUGUGAAGACGCUGGGAUUAAAACAAAUGCAGACGUCAAAGCUUUGACUUACUGCGACCUUCAAGGGAUCAGUCUGAAGGGUCUUCGUGACACUCUGUCACUCUAUCCAGAAUAUGCUCAUAAAUUCACAGGUCAAAUUGUACACCAGCUCAGCUACAACUUGGGAAGCAGCAGAUGUGAGCCAGAGACUCAAAUCCAUACCGAACACUCUUCAAGGACAGAUCUGCGAGACCAAGCUUCCCCAAAUUUAAAUACUUCAGCCCUCACCCCAAAGAACUCCCCUCACCUCCGCCUCUCUCCAUCUCGAUAUUCUAGCUGCAGUCCACAGCACAGAUCUCAGGAAGUGACUCCAAGGCGUACUCCUCACAGGGUGACCACUACUGAACUUCACAUACCACUAAUGUCCCAAUCAAGGCCUCCAGAUCUGAGCCCAAGGGUUGUUGAUGGGAUAGAAGAAACUGCCCAGCAAAAGUUUACAUUUUCAAACUGUAGUUCCCUUUCAAAUGCUCCAGAUCAUUUGUUCCUGACAUCGGAACCGAGAGCUACCGAAAGUAUGGACCGAUUGAGUCAAGCGGUUUCUGACCUGUCGUGCCAAGUGCAAGACCUCAGAGAAGGCCUUCAGUCUCUCCGUCAUGCAGUUCAGCUAUCUCUAAUGCCAUGCAAUACCUCACCCUGCUGCCAUGGAGGAGACUUCCAUACACACUGUGGGGGCAGUUUACACUCUCCUGGUGAUGCACCAACUACCUGCCCUUCACUUUUUCAUCCUCCCCGGGUAGAAAAGGCCUCUCAGGUCUGCUACAUUCAUAGUGCUUCCCCAGCCUGCUCCGAGGGACAUCUAUCUUGGCUUUGGACACCCCCUACACCUCUGUGGCUGCACUGCACAGGGUUUGAGCAGAGGGACUUAAGCCAACCAGACACUUCUACCCUCACUGCAGAAGAACCCCAUAAUGCUACAGACCCUCACUCUGUAGAAAUGCACUUUAUUCCUCCAAACAGAGGAGGCAACACGGAUCCUGAAUACUGGUCCAGGGAGGAAGGAACAGGAAUGUAAAUAUGAACUUGAAUACUACUAGAAGGAACUUUUUUUUACAGUGGUUAUUGAGAAAAAGAGUGGUUGUAUUCAGUGCUGAGACAGUUAUCCAGUGCCCAGGGCUAAGGUGCCAAACUGCACCCCUCCUACUCCUCAUUGUCCUUGCCCUGGGUGCAGCAGCACUGUUCAUAGAUAAAACAGUCAAUUUAUGUACCAAUUUCACAAAUUAAAAUACUAAAAAUAUUUUCCCAGA